AUGCCUAAAAAGCAAAUAAAACUAUUCAAAUUUCCAGAUAGUUUCAUUAAUCUACCUAAUUCAUUAACGGAAUAUAAUUUCCCAGAACCUGAAUCAAUACAUGAGCAAAUAAUAACUAUUCCAAACUUUUUUUCAAAAUCAUUAUGCACAGAACUAAUUAAAUCAUUCGAACAUCAAUUAGAUUUACAAACCACUCCUCUUAUUAAAAGUAAAGAUUAUGCUGCAAGAUAUAAUGAUAGAGCAAAUACUCUUGAUUUAAAUGCUGCUCAUAUUUUAUGGCUUUAUUUACAAAAAAUUCUAUCACAUAACCCUUAUAAUGAUCCAGAUCUACAACUCAUUUCAAAUCAAUUCAAGUCGGCCAUGGGAUUGAAUCCAAAUUUGAGAAUUUAUAGAUACGUAAAAGGUCAUCAUUUUGGUGCUCAUUAUGAUGACUCGGUUAUUUGUGAUAUCCCACCUUUGGGAAAACAAAAAGGUGAAACCAAAUGGACUUUAUUAAUUUAUUUAACUGGUGGAGAUGAAUUUAUUGGUGGUGAUACAAUAUUUUAUGAAGGUAAAAAAACUAUAAAUGUUCAUCCUAUAAAAGGAAUGGCUUUGCUACAUAAACAUGACAUUAUUUUCAAGAGAAUCCAAGAAGGGUUGCAGGACUUUAAUUAUCAUUAUGAAAGAUACGAGAGUCUAACGAAUACAGAAGAUGAUUCGGAUAACCAAAGAGAGAAAGAGAAACUAGCUAAUGAUUUGAAAAAGGAAAUAAAGAAGCUUCAAAAAUAUCGUGAACAAAUCAAACAUUGGCUACUGAAUGAUGCUGUAAACACUUUAGGACCAGUUGGAACAUCUUAUAGCACCAAGUUGACUGAGAAUAAAAGCUCAAUCGAAGUUGCGAUGGAAACAUAUAAAUUUGUUGAAAAACAAACAAAACUUAAAACUUUUUCAAAUCAAUCUAUAAUGAUGACUUUUAUUGAUAGUUUAAAUGGAGAUGAUGAUGAUGAUGAAAGUGAUGAAGAUGAAAGUAGUGAUGAAGAAAAUGAGAAUGAAUAUGAAGAUUUAUCUCAAGAAACUGUUGAUUCCAUAAUAUUUUUCAAAGAUGCCAUUAGUCAAUUAAGAGAUCAAACUGAUAAAUACGUUCAUGAAUAUGAAAAAUUAGCAACAAAGAAAUUAAGAAAAAAUAACCUUUCUACAAUCGAAGCUAAAAAGGAAAAAAUCUCUUCAACUAUUGCAAAUAAUAAAUUUCAUAAGAAGAAACUACGAAAAUUGAUCAAAACUUUGAAAAAUGGUAUGAUUACUGAAUUUAAUCUUAUAUUUGCAUUAAAAGGAGAUUUAGAACAAUAUUUGAGUACAAAUGGUGAUUAUGAUUUUACAAAAGAUACAGAUCUUUAUGAUGAUAUUUUCAAUCAAAUUGUAGCGGAAGAUGAAGAUUAUUCAGAAUUAUAUGAUGAUAAUACUGCUCCAACUGAAGUUAGUAAUGGAGAUUUGAAUGGUGUUAGUAAUGGUAAACAAAACCUGCAAUCUCCUAAACCUAUCAAAUCCCAUCAGGAAACCAACUCAAAACAAGCUGUAGCGUCUGCUCCUCAUCCUACACAAGCUCAAACUGCACAACCUACACAACAUCAACCACAACCCCAUUCACAAGCUCAUCCACCAUCACAGAUACCGUCAACUCAAUCACAACAACAGCUACCACCACAAUCCGCACCAGUCCAACAGAGCCCAGAGAUUGCAUCUCCUGCAAUAGUUAGAACUUUGAAACCUGCAACAACACCUUCAAAACCAGUUGGAGGACUUAAAUGGUCAGCCGCUGCAGCUGCAGGUAUUCAAGAAGCAUUAGAAAAAGAAGUACCAAUUGAAGAAUCAAAAGAAGAAGAAGAAAUAAUACCUUUUAAACCUUUGGAACUUGAAAAUAUUGAUUUAUUUAAAUAUAAAAAAAUAAUCUCAAAUUCACCAUUAUCUAAAACAGAACUUAAUUUGUUUUCAGAUAUGAAUUUAGUAAGAGUUCCACCAGGUAUACAAGAUUUAGUUAUAUCAUUUGCUUCAAAAAGAAAUAAUGAUGAAUUUAAAGUGCUUGUAGAAUCAGACGAUUUUAAUCAAUAUACUUCACCUAUUUAUAAACCAUAUUUACCUAAAAUAGUACAACCAAAUUAUUAUUCCCAAUUCACAAAUUUUAGUUUUAAACAUCCAAUACAAUUAUCUAAAUUUCAAUCACAUUGGAAUAAAGUACGAGCAUUUUAUGGAUUUGAAAGUUUAACAAAUGAAAUAAAAAAUUUAAUAGCAUCAGAUGAAAAUUCCAAUUUAAUAUCAGAAUUAACUUUUGUUUUAUUUUAUGGAUUUUAUUAUGGUUUAACUCCAGCUGAAAAUUUAAUUGCUGAAAAUUGUUUAUUUGAAUUAGGUUGGAAACCAUAUCAAAUCCAAUUAGAUAAUCUGGAAGUUUCUGAAAAUAAAUUUGCUUAUUGGUUUAGAAGAAUUAAAUUAAUUAGUGAACGUACUGAACAAACAAAUUUUGAAUUUGGUGAUUAUCAAGUAUUUGAUUUAAAUUUUUGGGAAAUAUUUGUCAAGUAUGGUUUUAAAUUUAAUUUUGACUUGAGUCAAUCUGAACCUUCUAAAUCUUUGUUUUGA